UGGAUCAGAACCGCGUCCAGAACCAACACAUGCAUCGUUGUUUAUCGCUUUAGUGACGGGAAGAAAGCCCGGUUGUGUUGUUUACAUCGGGUUUUGCUCUCUCAGGUAAACAGGAAGACACGCCCUCAGAAACUCCGCUCCCGGAAGAAAGGAGUCUUUUUCCGCGCCCGUCCCUCCUUUAAGACGAGCAGGUUCACCUGGGAAGCAGCCUUCGGGAUCCAUCUACUGAAACUCACACAAAGAGCUCAGAGGACUGAAAAGCAACUUUUGGGGACAUUUUAAAACAAAACUGGCGACAUGGCGGACCCCAUGGAAAGUGGAAUAAAAUACAUGCCAAAACUGGAUAAAGAGUAUGAGUCUGUGCAGUUCCUGCAAACGGGGGAUAGCAAAAAGCUGGAGAAGGGUCCGGGGAAGACGGGCGCUGUGAUCGGCGUGGUGAUCUUUGCUGUUGUUGUUGCUCUCAUUACCGGACUGCUGGUCUGGCAUUUCCACUUCCGUAAAGACGAAUACACCAAAAGGAUAUACAUUGGCUCAAUGAAGAUCGAGAACCAGGUGUUUGACAACGCCUAUGAGAACUCAAACACACGCGAGUUCAAGGCCUUGGAUGAAAAGGUGCAGCAGGAGCUGAAAACUAUUUACUCCAGCAAUCCAACGCUGAAGAAAUACUACGUCAAAUCUGAAGUUGACGCAUUCAGUGAGGGUAUUGUCGCCUACUACAUGUCUGAGUUUAAAGUGCCUGUGGGCCAAGAAAAAUCUGUUGACGAUGCCAUAGCUGGUUUGAACCAAAGACCGAAAGGACUUCCAGUGAAGUCAAGAAGCAACCUGCAGGUUACAGACAUGAAGACCUCUGUUAUAGAUUCCAGAAUGUCGCCAACGUCAUUUAAGACGCAUACAAAGUUGAAAAUACAUACAAAGCCCCAAGAGAUUGUUAAGAUCUCGACCAAAGGUUUCCCCAACGAUGCGUAUGAACCGAACACCUUCACGCAGUGGGAGCUGCGAGGUGACGAAGGAAGCAUCAUCAAGCUUGACUUUGACACCAUGUAUCUGGAAGAAAACUGCUCUAAUGACUUUGUGAAAAUCUAUGACUCUCUGGUGCCAAUAGAGAACCGCGCUUUGGAAGAGUUGUGUGAACACUACUCACCCAGUGAACCUUUGACGUUUUAUUCUUCUGGAAAUGUCAUGCUGGUUACAAUGGGCACAAACGAGGAAUACGACUUUCCAGGAUUUCGGGCAUCUGUUUCACAAGUGGAACCGGCAACCUUACGUCAGACCUGCGGUACCAAACUAACCGAUUUAAAGGGGACCUUCUCCACUCCCAACUUUCCAAACUACUAUCCUCCUAACAUUGUGUGUGAUUGGGAAAUAGAGGUGCCUAGCAAUAAGGUGGUGAAAGUUGCAUUCAAAAAGCUCCUGUUGGCUGAGCCAGGGCAGGAAGACGGCAAGAACUGUUACAAAGACUACGUGAUGAUUGAUGGAAACAAGAAACUGUGUGGAGAUCACAAGAAGGGAACUCUAGUUGAAAUCAGCACAACCAACAAAAUGACAUUGCGGUUUCUCUCCGAUCACUCCUACGUAGACAGAGGCUUCCAAGCAGUGUACGAGGCCAUUGACCCCGUAGAUCCUUGCCCUGGUAGGUUCCGUUGCAGAAAUGACCAGUGCAUCUUCCAAAACCUCACGUGUGAUGGCUGGAACGACUGUGGAGACAUGAGUGAUGAGAAGAACUGCAAGUGCAAAGGAGACACACUCUUGACCUGUGGAAAUGGGUUAUGUAAGCCCAUGUUCUGGAAGUGUGAUGGCAUAGAUGACUGCGGAGACGGAACAGAUGAGCGUGAUUGCACAUGUGACUCUGCACACAUCACCUGCAAGAACAAAAAAUGUGUUUCUGAGAAGAAACAAUGCGAUGGAAAAGACGACUGUGGAGAUAAUUCAGAUGAGCUCAACUGUCAAAAAAAUUCUGAGAUACAAUGCACAGAGUCUACAUACAAAUGCAAGAACGGCAAAUGCAUUGAUAAGGUGAACCCAAUGUGUGACGGAACGUCCGACUGUGCAGAUGGAUCUGAUGAGGAGAACUGUGCCUGUGGAAAGAAACAGUUACGGUCGUCUACGCGUAUUGUGGGCGGUCAAGACGCCGCACUAGGGGAAUUUCCGUGGCAAGUCAGCCUUCACUACCACACUUACGGACAUGUGUGUGGAGCGUCCAUCAUCAGUAAAAUAUGGCUGGUCACUGCUGCCCACUGUGUGCAAAAUGAGGGUAACCUUAGAUUCGGAGAGCCUGCAAAAUGGGAGAUUUAUCUCGGUCUUCAUGACCAACAGAAGAUUGACAAAUUUGUUGUAAAAAGGAAGCUGAAGCAGAUCAUACCCCACCCUAACUACAACCCUAAUACCUUUGACAACGACAUCGCCCUGAUGGAGCUAGACACCCCCAUCGAAUAUUCAGAUUACAUUCAGCCCAUCUGCUUACCAACCGCCGACUACAAGAUUCCAGCCGGCCAAAAUGUGUGGAUCACAGGGUGGGGAGCAACAAGAGAGGGAGGAACUGCUGCGAAGACCCUCCAGAAAGCUUCAGUCCGAAUCAUAAACCAUAGCGAGUGUAAUAAAUUAAUGAGCUUUCGUCUCACAUCCCGGAUGUUGUGUGCUGGAGUACUGACAGGAGGAGUGGAUGCUUGUCAGGGAGAUUCUGGUGGACCUCUGUCCAGUCCGGAAGGUGAAUGUAUGUUCCUGGCAGGAGUGGUCAGUUGGGGCGACGGCUGCGCUCGUAGGAAUAAACCAGGGAUCUACUCCACUGUCACUGAAUUUCUUGGCUGGAUCAAGGAGAAGACUGGAGUCUAGUCUAGUUUAACCUUAUCGAACAGGAUCAUUACGGAUAUAAACUGCUGACUUGAACAAUUCAUUCAAUGAGACUCCAAUCUGACAGACCAUCCAGCGGAUUCAGUGAACUUGACUUCUGGUUGUAGCGACAUUGGAAAAUGAACAACUUUUACAGCAAGUCCUAUGCCUUUUAACCCUACUGUGAUUGUUUUUUGUUGUUGUUUUUUACCAGGAUGGUGAUUGGUUAUCUGCUUUAAAUGUAAAUGUUUUAUUUUUGUGUUUUUAUUAUUAUUUGAUGGAGUACCAAUGUUAUAUGAUGCAUAGGACAUAGUUUUAAGGCACACUUGUUACACAAACUUACUUUCAAGAGCAAACUUUGAGCUGUGUAAAUGAAAAUUAUUUGACUUCUUUUGCUCUUAUCCUCUAGGUUUUGUUUAUUUAAGCCUAUUAGACAUUCCUUUAAAAUCUGUCAUCACUUUUUCACGAGUUUCCAUCAUUGAUAUCGUUUUAUUUCCAGAGACACAGAUUUAUAUGUGCUUGGAAAAAGUUAAACGUUGGGUAACAGUUCCUGCAGUUUAAUUAGUCUAAAAUUAUUAUAAAUGUAUAUUUUAUAGCAGAUGGCUUCUAAUAAAAUUUUAAAUAACC